AUGCGGGUGCGCCUAGAAGAGAAGGAAAAGAUAAUAUGGUUGCUGCAGCAGCGUGCUUCUGCUGCUGCUGCUGCUGCUGCAACAGCAGACAGCAGCAGCAGCAGCAGCAGCAGCAGCACCGGCCACACUGCAGCAGCAGCAGCAGAGUCAUCGGCGAGUCAGCAGCAGCAGCAGCAGCAGCUGCUGCAGCAGCUGCAGCAGCUCAAAGACGAACUCGAGAGCUGCAAGGCCCUGAAGCAGCACUGGCAGCAAGCAGCUGUGGAGGCGCAGCAGCAGCAGCAGCGCAGCAACGAGCAGCAGCAGCAGCUGCAGCAGCAGCUGCGGGAGAAAGCAGAGCAUAUCACCAAGCUCGAAGACAAGCAGCAGCAAAUGGAUUCCACCAUCAACGAUAAGACACUGCAGAUAGGGCAGCUGGAGGCGACCAUAACGGCCUUAAAGGAGCAGCAGCAGCAGCAGCAAGACGCAGCAGCAAAUGCAGCAGCAGCAGCAGCAACAACAGACAACCUACGACAGCAGCUGCAGCACCUUGAGGGGGAGGUAGAGAGAGAAAAGAAAGCAGCAGCAGCAGCAGAAGAAAGAUAUAGAAGAGAAGUCGAUGCUCGUGCUGCUGACAUGCAGCAGCUGCAGCGAGCAGAGAAGCAGCAGCAGCAGCAGCAGCAGCAAAUCCUAGAGCUAGAGAAAGACCUCACCGAAACACGAACAGAACUCAAAACCACAAGAGCUGCUGCUGAGGAGGAGAGCGUGGCGCUGCUGCGCAGCAACGCGGGGCUGCUGCGGGACGUCGAGAGGCUGCGCUCAGAGACAAAGGCGCUGCAUGCACACAUCAAGGACCUGUGA